AUGGCGAUCCUGAGGUCCCCGCUUCUGCCACUGGGGUUGCUUCUUUGCCUCUGGCUUCUGUGUUCUCCAGCCAGCUGUACAAAUCCCUCUACCCAAUGCAAGCCAUUCUCGUGGGUCACCGCCAAGAAACCCUCAGUAAUCCACAUCAACCCAGAUGUCUAUAAGAGCAACACACUCUACACGGUGUCAACUCACGUGAGUCACGAUAUUAUCUCUGUGGUCUUGGAAGCACGGGACCAGUACCACUUAGUCACUGGCUCCUGGCAAAACCCCAGCCACUAUUGUGAAGGCAGAGCUGAGUACGACUUAAAGGGUAAUUUCAGCACGCUCUUCGAGGCAAAAUGGAUGUCUUCUAAUUCCACGGACAUAACCGCAGUCAAGAUAAACAUCUACUCUCUCAAUUCCCUGAGACGUGGUGAACUUACUUCCAUAAUACUGCCAAGAAAUGGGACACCCUCACCUGUGACCAUCAAGCAGGUCUCAACCAAACACAUCAUAACGACCGCAACCCACAAACCAACCCUGCCCCACCCGAAACCAACCCCACCCCACCCGAAACCAACCACAGCCCAGGAGAAAACAACCACAACCCACCCCAAGACAACCAAUACCCUCCCCAAGACAACCACAACCCAGCACACACUCCACCCCAAACUAACCACAACCCACAAAAGCUCAGCCAACAGAGCCUUCCUCAGCCCCGUGAGAGAGGCCAUCCAGAUCCUGCUCAUCUUUCUCACCAGCACACUCCUCUUCUAG